AUGGCUGAAGAAGAAGAUUUCAGCUCCAUACCGCUGCCCGACCGUUUCGCCCACAAGGUCUGGAAGGUCAGAAAAGGAGCAUACGAAGAGGCUACCAAGCUAUUCGAAAAGUCACCCGACGAGUCGGACCCCUGUUUUCGACCCUUUUUGAACGAACCAGGCUUGUGGAAUAAAGCUGUUCUCGACUCAAAUGUUGCCGCCCAGCAAGAAGCCGUCACCGCAUUGUGCGCCUUUCUCAAAUAUGGUGGAAGAGAUUGCUGCUUAAGGACGCGGAAUCAGACCAUUACCCCAAUGGUGGAGAAAUGUCUCUCUUCAACCCGAGCCGUCAUCAAGCAAAACUCCAUCGAAGCUAUUCUGCUCUACAUUGAACUCGACGUCGCUGGACCUGUCAUCGAGGACAUGCUCCCUGGCCUGAACAACAAGGCCCCCAAGAACAUUGCCGCGACAUUCCACGCCCUCACACAGGUCUUCCACAACUAUGGCUGCAAGGUUGUCGACCCGAAACCUGUGCUCAAAGCACUUCCCAAAGCCUUUGGUGCUGCCGACAAGAACGUCCGUGCUGAGGCUACAAACCUGACGGUCGAGCUUUACAGAUGGUUGAGGGAGGCUAUGAAGCCCAUGUUCUGGGGCGAGCUUAAGCCUACCCAGCAAACUGAUUUGGAAGCACAGUUCGAAAAGAUCAAGGCCGAGGGCCCGCCCAAGCAAGAACGUCUGCUCCGAUCGCAACAAGAAGCUCUUGCCGCUGCCCCCGAAGGUGGUGAAGAAGGCGAGGAAGGGGAACUAGAGGGAGAAGAUGUCGAAGAACUCGAUACCUUUGAUCUAGCUGAGCCUCAAGAUAUUAGCAAGAAGAUCCCGUCCAACUUUAGCGACCAGCUCGCUUCCUCGAAGUGGAAGGAUCGAAAAGAAGCGGUUGACGCUCUACACGCGGCACUCAACGUCCCUCGUAUCAAGGAAACCGACUUCAACGAGGUCUCCCGCGGCUUGGCAAAGUGCAUGAAGGACGCCAACGUUGCUGUUGUUGUUCAAGCCGCCGUCUGUAUCGAGCUUCUCGCAAAGGGUCUCCGACAAGGCUUUGGUAAAUACCGCGCCACAGUUAUGCAGCCCAUCAUGGAUCGCCUCAAGGAGAAGAAGGCUUCCGUGGCCGACGCUCUUGGAGCCGCCUUGGACGCUGUUUUCGCCUCUACCAGCUUGUCUGAGUGCCUGGAGGAUAUUAUCGCCUACCUCAGCAACAAGAACCCCCAGGUCAAGGAGGGUACCAUGAAGUUCCUGAUUCGCUGCCUAAGGACAACCCGAGAUGUGCCCAGCAAACCUGAGCAAGCAACCAGCUGUGAAGCUGGUAAGAAGCUUCUGGCCGAGUCUACCGCUGCUCUUCGAGACGGCGGUGCUGAGAUUCUUGGUACGGUCAUGAAGAUUGUUGGCGAGCGCGCUAUGGGACCCAACCUGGAGGCACUGGACGAUAUUCGCAAGAACAAGGUCAAGGAGUUUUUCGAGGCCGCCGAAGUCAAAGCCAAGGAGAAGCCCAAGCCAAAGGCCCCUCCCCCCAAGGCCGCUCCCGCUAAGAAGGUUAUGGGUGGAAAGAAGCCACUUGCCAAGAAGCCAGCUCCCGCUCCCGCCGCUGCUCCCGUGAUGCCUGACGAGCCUCUCGCUCCUCAGCCUACGCCUCGAGCGGCCCCUGGUAAGCUUACCAAGCCUGGUCUCGGUGGAUUGAAGAAGAAGGUAAUUGGAGGUCCCGCUCCUCCUGGCUCUCCUCGUCGAGUCCCCUCGGCACCUGUUAUGCCUGACGAUGAUGAACCAGCCCCUCCUCCUCAACCACGUAUGGGUCUCUCUCGUGGUCUUGCAGGACGCUCCCUUGUCAAGCCUUCUGCGCCCUCGCCUCCCAUGGAACCCGCGUCACCCCCUCCAUCCAGCGGUCUUACUGCUGUGGAACGAGCUGAGAUCGAGGAGCUUCGGGCAGCCAACGACCGACUCAUUCGCCAAGUUGAAGAGAUGCGACAAGAACGCAGCAAGUUCAUGUCUGAGAUUCAAGAACUCAAGAACCAGAAUGCUGGCUUGAUUGAGGACCACACUCGCGACGUGCUGAGUAUCAAGGCCAAGGAGACGCAGCUGGUCCGCGCAAGAAGCGAUGCGGAGGCCACGGAUCAGACCAACGACCGCUUGAGGCGUGAACUGGAAAGACUUAAGAAGGCUUUGAGUCACGCUGAGAGAUUCGAAAAUGCCGGAAGCGGCAUGAACAGUCCCCGCCGCCUUGCUUCACCCACAAACGACGACGUUUACCGAGAUCACGGACCGCCAUCUGUCAACCGCCAUAGAAUGAGCAUAGCAAGCAGCAUGUCUGAGGAGAAGGAAAACGGCGAGCCUAUGGCACCCCCUCGAAACAAGUUCAGUCCUGAGAUGCGAUACGCUGGCAGCGCAAGCUCAUCAGGUCGCGGAUCACCCGCACGAGGUUUCAGAAGCGCACGACCCUACAAUGAUGAAGAGCAUGUACCAACACCAACCCAACGGCCCAUGUCAUCACUACCUCAACCAACAGGUAAUGGUGCUGAGAGCUGGAGGAGAGCGGCUGAGGUGACGAGUCAGCUGAAGGCUCGAAUUGAACAGAUGAAGGCAAAGCAAGGACUCGCUCGACCUUAG